CCGACCUUGGAGUUUGACGCACAACAGCAUGGCGAACAAGGAGCCCAAUCGUUUUGUCCAGCACAUCAGAGAUCUAGCUGGUCGGAUGUCCUCAUCUGGGGGCAAAGGGGCAGGGCUAGGACUGAAGCUGCUGCUUGGAGCUGGUGCAUUGGUAUAUGGUGUCAAAGAAGCCACCUACACAGUUGAGGGUGGCCACAGAGCCAUCAUCUUUAACAGGAUUGGUGGGAUGCAAAUGGACACUAUUCUGGCUGAAGGACUACACUUCAGGGUCCCAUGGUUCCAGUACCCCAUCAUAUAUGAUAUCAGAGCUAAACCCAGGAAGAUCUCCUCUUUGACGGGCAGCAAAGAUCUGCAGAUGGUGAACAUAGCUGUGCGGGUGUUGUCCAGGCCCCUAGCAUCAAAUCUACCAGCAAUGUAUCAGCAGCUGGGGAAGGACUAUGAUGAGAGAGUCCUGCCCUCAAUUGUCAAUGAGACCCUUAAGUCUGUGGUGGCAAAGUUUAACGCCUCACAGCUCAUCACACAGAGAGCACAGGUGUCUCUUCUGGUGCGAAGGGAGUUAUUCGAGCGAGCUAAAGAUUUCAACAUCAUUCUUGAUGAUGUGGCUAUCACUGAGUUGAGCUUCAGCAGCCAGUACACUGCUGCUGUGGAGGCCAAGCAAGUCGCCCAUCAAGAGGCCCAGAGGGCCCAGUUCUAUGUGGAGAAAGCCAAACAGGAUCAGAGACAGAAGAUCAUUCAGGCAGAGGGAGAGGCUGAAGCUGCCAAAAUGCUUGGCCUAGCAGUGACUAAAAACCCAGGUUAUCUAAAGCUGAGGAGAAUCAGAGCUGCACAAAACAUUGCAAAAACGGUGGCAGCAUCUCAGAACAAGGUGUACCUUAAUGCCGACAGCUUGGUCCUGAACCUACAAGAUCAAACAUUUUUUAAUAACAUGUCACUUGUGAAUAAGUGAUGAAGAGGAAAUGAGAAGAGGCUGUAGAAAUGGCACCAGUUUUUCUGGUGGCCUUGAAAAUCAAAAAGGAUGACUAAUUUGGACAAGAAGAAGAAAGAGAAUGAACAACCUUCAUUUCACCUUAAUUAUUGUAAGAAUGGGCUCAUAUCAAAGUGAUUUUAUCUUGAAUGCAAAAUGAGUUGCAAGGGCUUUUAUUGUGAAAUUCAAUGUCUGCAUCAAUAAUUUUGAGAAUAAAUGUAAUACAGUAUUACAGGAUCAGUUAAAGAAUCUGUCAGGAAACCUAUUUUCAGCUCAUGAGGGAUGGACAUUGAUGCACUUUUCUCUUCCUGUUUCUUGUGCUUAAUGACAGCUGUAUUUUUGCCCAAACUAACUGAGAAUCUGUCAGUUUAGACUGUUGAAAAGCCGUCUUCUUCCUUAAAUUACUUUAACUUUGAUAUGGGUUGCAUAUCCCUGUCUACAUGACGCAUUUCUUCAGCUGUGCAGUCGUGUAUUCAUGUGGUUAAAAAUCUUGCACUGUGGCUGCCACUGUUGGAAUUUUGUUAAUAAAGUUUUAUUAUAAUAUUUCUCAGGGAAUUCCUUUAUUUAAGAGUUUUAAUUUACAAGAUUUAGGUAAAAGAAUAACAUUAACUAAAUUAACCCUCUGAGACUGAUAUUGUCGUAUACGACAAGAAGAGACAGGUUAUUAAAAGAUAAAUGACUUUAACCAUAAAUCGCAGCCUCUUACUUUUUUCCACUCAAAGCAGGCUGAUGUGCUGUCCUGUUGCUUUUCUGGCAAGCCUGGUACCUGGGUGACUUUCUGGAGUUUUUAAAGAUUAAAUCCACACAAGUAACUCAGA